GGGAAGGCCUGCCCCUUGCGAGCGUCCGCCCGGGGUCGGCUUCCAAGCUCCUAAGCCCCGGGCGAAGGCUGCGUGCCCGACCUCUGCUCUUCCCGGCGGUGGCGGGCCUCCCCAAGUGCGCGCCGUCUCCUCCCCAGCCUGCCCGCUGCUGUCGCCGGCACCUCGGAGUCCCCGCCGCCCGCCCAGCGCAGUCGGGAGCUCCUGGAGCGCGCUCUGCCCUGCGCUCUCCGUGCCGCCCGCAGCGCCCCUACCUCCCGCCCCCGCCCCGGUCCCCCCCGGGCUGCAGCCUGCACCCCUGGCCAGGCGCGACCAUGCUGCUGAGGGGCGUCCUGCUGGUGGCUCAAGCCCUGCAGCUCGCGGGUGCCCUCGACCUCCCCGCUGGAUCCUGCGCCUUUGAGGAGGGCACGUGUGGCUUCGACUCGGUGCUAGCGUUUCUGCCCUGGAUUUUAAACGAGGAAGGCCAUUACAUUUAUGUGGACACCUCCUUUGCCGAGCAGGGGGAGAAAGCCGUGCUGCUGAGUCCUGAGCUCCAGGCUGAGGAGUGGAGCUGCCUCCGCUUGGUCUACCAGAUAACCGCACCUUCAAGGUCUCUGUCAGAUCCCAGCCAGCUGAACCUCUAUGUGAGAUACGAGGAUGAAAGCUUUGACCGCUUGCUUUGGUCAGCUAAGGAACCUUCUGACAGCUGGCUCAUAGCCAGCCUGGAUUUGCAAAACAGUUCCAAAAAAUUCAAGCUCUUAAUAGAAGGCGUCCUAGGACAAGGAGACACAGCCAGCAUUGCCCUCUUUGAAGUCAAGAUGACCACUGGCUACUGUAUUGAAUGUGAUUUUGAAGAGAACCAUCUAUGUGGCUUUGUGAACCGCUGGAAUCCCAAUGUGAACUGGUUUGUGGGCGGAGGAACUAUCCAGAACGCCCACUCCAUCCUCCCGCAAGAUCACACCUUUAAGAGUGAGCUGGGGCACUACAUGUAUGUGGACUCAGUUUAUGUCAAGCACUUCCAGGAGGUGGCACAGCUCAUCUCCCCGAUGACCACGACCUCCAUGUCUGGCUGCCUGUCCUUCUAUUACCAGCUCCAGCAAGGCAAUGGCAAUGUCUUCUCCCUCUACACUCGGGACACGGUGGGCGUCUAUGAGGAGCUAUGGAAGGUGGACAGUCCAGGGAAUGCUGCCUGGAACCUUGCGGAGGUCGAGUUCAGUGCCCCUUACCCCAUGGAGGUUAUUUUUGAAGUCGCCUUCAAUGGUCCCAAAGGAGGAUAUGUGGCCCUGGAUGACAUUUCUUUCUCUCCUGUUCACUGCCAAAAUCAGACAGAUCUCCCUUUUAAUGCCGUGAAAGCAAGCUGCAAUUUUGAGGAAGACUUCUGCAACUUCUACCAAGAUAAAGAAGGUGCAGGUUGGACCCGUGUGAAAGUAAAACCAAACAUAUAUCGGACAGGAGACCACACGACAGGCUUUGGCUAUUACUUGCUGGCCAACACAAAGCUUACGUCUCAGCCUGGCUACAUUGGGAGGCUCUAUGGUCCUUCCCUUCCAGGAAAUUUGCAGUAUUGCCUACGUUUUUAUUAUGCCAUCUAUGGAUUUUUGAAAAUGAGUGACACCCUAGCAGUCUAUAUAUUUGAAGAAAACCAUGUGGUUCAAGAGAAGAUCUGGUCUGUGCCAGAGUCUCCUAGGGGUGUGUGGAUGCAAGCUGAAAUCACCUUUAAGAAGCCCAUGCCUAUCAAGGUAGUCUUCAUGAGCCUAUGCAAAAGUUUUUGGGACUGUGGACUCGUAGCCCUCGAUGAUAUUACAGUGCAGUUGGGCAGCUGCUGGACUCCAGAGAGCCUUCCAAGUCCACCUGGAGAAUGCACUUUUGAUCAAAAUGAAUGUGCCUUUACUCAGGAGAAAAGGAACCGGAGCAGCUGGCACAGGCGGCGAGGAGAAACUCCCACUUCCUACACAGGCCCAAAGGGCGAUCACACUACUGGGGUAGGCUACUACAUGUACAUCGAGGCUUCGCACAUGGUGUAUGGGCAGAAAGCACUCCUCCUGUCCGGGCCUCUGCGAGGUGUGCCCGGAAAACACUGCUUGACCUUCUUCUACCACAUGUAUGGAGCGGGGACUGGUCUGCUGAGUGUGUACCUGAGAAAAGAAAAAGCCGGCGAUGAGUCUCUGCUGUGGAGACGAAGAGGCGAGCAGAGCGUUUCCUGGCUGCGAGCCCUGGUUGAGUACAGCUGCCCGCAGCCGCACCAGAUAAUCUUUGAAGCCACUCGGGGAGUGUCGAUAAGAAGUGAUACUGCCAUUGAUGAUAUUAAAUUUCAAGCAGGACCCUGCACAGACAUGGAAGAUGCAGCUCAACAAUCAUCAGGAUAUUCUGAGGAUUUAAAUGAAAUCGAGUAUUAAAAAAUUAUCUAAAUUGGAUUACCUAAAUGAAGGUUAUACUUCUCUUCAAUCAAAAUGAAAACAAAGGAAUACUGGACAGUCUGAACCAUUUCCUAAGUUAUAAAAUGACUUCACAGCAAUCACUUUCAUUACUUUUGCAAAAAUACUGACUCAGGGCUUUUUUUUUUUUUUUUUCAUUUGACAACUGUUACUAGAUGAACAGGCUGAUGGUUUUGCAUAGAUCAUUCACCUUAAUUUUGGUGCCACUUGAAAAUACAAAUGCACUAUAUUAUAGUCAUUUUAAAGUACACAAAUAGAGGGCACGCUCAAAAUGAAUGUGCUCAUUGUAUCUGCAUUCAGUGAAUGUAUUGGGAGAAGAGUAGGUCUUGUGGGUUUCUCUUAAAUUUCAAGUAUUAUAAAUAUUUUUAAACAAUGGGGGUUGUCAGUAAUAUCUAAAGAAUGAAUGCAGUUUUCAUUGUAACUAGCUAGCCUAGAAAAUACAGUUUUAUUUUCUAUGUUUUAUUCAUAGAAAUGGAGUAUUAAUUUUUAAUAUUUUCACCACAUGUGAUAAUAAAGCUCUUUCAUGCAGUCCAAGAGUAAGUCAGUAUUAAUUAAUGCUGUGUUAUAAUGCAACGCUACUUCUUCAUUCUCCCUUUGAACUACUUUUUGAAGUCACAAUAAGCACAUGAAUAGAAUUUGCACUCUUUUUGAUAAAGCAAGCUUGAAAAUGUUGAUAUACACAUACCCAAGAUUGUUUAUAAACUUGUGAAACAAUUUGACUAAUUUUUAUAUUUGAUAAAAUGUUUAGUGAUGUGAACUCAACCGGAUUUGGUAAACUACUGCUUUUUAGUUUUUAGAAUGUUGUAUCUAUUUAUACAUAUUUGCAUAUCCAAAUGGCUAUUGUAAAAUAAUAAAAUUAUCUAAUAAAAGAUAAUCUGAAAAUC